UUCUCGACGACAACUCACUCUUUGAUUGCAAUUCAUUUGAUUCAUUAGUCCAUUGAUUAGACCAUAAGAUAUGCCACUAAUCCGUAGACUAGUCUCCAGUCACCGAUCGAUCGCAGACUUGGAUGCCUUCACCAAAGUUGACCACAAUUUCACCAAAACUAGUGCAACGGGUGGAACAGUGUCGCUAUUGAGUUACGCAUUGAUUGUGAUUUUAGUGAUGUUUGAGAUAUCACUGUAUAUGAAGUCCAGAAUCAGAUUCUUGUAUACCGUGGACACGGAUUUUGACAGUAAACUACAGAUGAAUAUUGACAUCACUGUUGCCAUGAAUUGCGAGAGCAUUGGCGCCGAUAUCAUGGACUCAACCAAUACUAACAACGCCUACACUUACGGCCGACUCGUCGAAGAGCCCACACAUUUCGAGCUCAGUGUUGGCCAACGAUCGCAAUGGGAUGUCAUCCGAGAUGUGAACAACUAUUUACGUAAUGAACAUCACUCUCUUCAGGAGGUCUUAUGGAAGUCAGAUGUGUUAAGUCAGCGGAGAUAUGGCCGCGAUUUGCCUCCGCGGGAGACACCACCCAAAGGAGCGCCCGAUGCGUGUCGUCUCUACGGAACUCUGGUUGUGAACAAAGUUUCGGGAAAUUUCCACAUCACUGUCGGUAAACACCUACCGAUGCCUUUAGGACACGCGCACAUCUCACUGUUCACCAGUGAACAAGAAUAUAACUUUAGUCACCGAAUCGAGAGGUUCUCAUUCGGCGAAUACGUUCCCAGUAUUAUAAACCCAUUGGAGGGCGAAGAGAAAGUCACGCAAUCAAAAACUCAAUUAUAUAACUAUUACUUGAAAGUCAUGUCAACUGAUGUGCAGACAUCGGAAGUGACACUAAAGAGCUAUCAAUACUCGACGACAGAAAGUGAACGAGUGAUUGACCACAACUCCGGGUCGCACGGAAUGCCCGGAAUAUACUUCAAGUAUGAUAUCGACGCCAUUUGCGCCAAAGUAGUUGAGGAAUAUGUGCCCAUUUGGAAGUUCCUGAUCCGCUUGUGUGGUAUCGUUGGCGGUAUUUUUGCCAUCUCUGGUCUCAUCAGUUCUGUGGCCAAUGCUGUGGUCGAUGUGAUCACUUGUAAAUACAUUCAUUCCAGCGUCACAUUCAAAGACGUCGACAACUCGGGCUUCCAUACAGUCGAAGACUUUUCAGUGCCGAGUGAUAACGUGUCGCUCCUCUAUUCCUCUGCUUCUGUUCCCCAACACAACGGAACAAACCAAUGAUUUUGACCCAAG